UUUUUAUCUGUCAGGUUGGAGAACGAGCAGAACGAUGGUAGUUGGGUGUGACAGGGCCGGUUGGGAAACCCGAAAUUUACAAUUGAAAUCGACUCACCCCGCCCUCUAAACUGACAUACAAGGAGACGCCUUGGAAGCCGGGCUCUCAGAGCGCGCCGCGGUACAACCUAUUCACACCAAUAGCUCCUCGUUCAGAGUCUCUCGCUCCGUUCGCUACAUCUUACCCGAAGUUUGUACCUUGAAGCAACAGGAUGUUGGUGCUCCUGGGAUUUAUUCUCCUCUUUCACAUAGCAACAGCAGCAUUGCUCUUCAUUGCCACGAUAGAUAAUGCCUGGUGGAAAAAUGACAUCAGCAGCACUGAUAUAUGGCAAACAUGCUACUACAAUAAUUCCGUAUGCAAUGACGAAACUAUUUCCAAUUAUGGAGAUUGCAUCAAGGCAAUACAGGCGACAAUGUGUCUGUCAGUGAUCUUCUGCUGUAUUUCAUUCAUCGUCUUCGUUGUUCAACUGUUCCGGCUGCAGAAGGGUCAACGAUUUUACAUUGCUGGAACCCUGCAACUACUUUCAAGCCUCUGUGUAAUGAUUGCAGCGUCCAUCUACACAGACCAGGAGCCAAACUUCCAUAAAAAUUUGCAUACAGGAUACUAUGGAUACUCCUUUAUUCUAGCCUGGAUCGCAUUUGCUUUCACUUUUAUUAGUGGUGUAAUGUACAUUGUUUUACGGAAACGCAAAUAGAGGCUUGGAUUGACCUAACCCCUCACAUACCACUGCAGAGACAUUCUGUUUCUGAUUCAAUUUCAUCAAGAUCUCCUGCAAAUAAACCUUUUGCACAGUAAUUUUCAAACCAUGCAAAAAUGCAAUAGCUAAUUUUGCAACUGUUUUGAAGCCCUUUUAGCAGAUACAAAUUCUUUAAAGAUCAAAUUGGCACUUUUAAGAAGAAAUAAACAUCACUCUCUCGCUUAUGUUAAGGUAAAUUGAGAAGUUUCACAGUGGCAGACACCUAUUAUUUUUACUGCCAGUCAAAAUGAAAUGUUCACAUUCACAGGAGGUGGUUUAAGCAUUUCAACCUUCACAAAAUGAGCUCCAUGUUGUUCACGAGAUGCUUUAAAAAAAACUAGUGGCCUUGUACUCAUGUUUCUCAACUUUGUCUUUCUUUAGUUAAACAUGUUUAAUUUCCCUAAAGCAUCAUUUUACUGGACAUAGAUUCUAAAAGCUACUUAUCAGUCACUUAGGAUAAAGUACCAUGAAAAGUUGGAAGGCUAUAAUAACAGAAAUGCUUAGCGAAGUACAUUAUAUUUGUCUAUAGCAGAAAAUGAUAUACAGGUGACCCUGCAAUAUUGAUGAAGGGUGGAGAUGAAUUCUUUGAAAAGUUCCUAUCACCAUUUUCCAUAAGUCAGUUCAUCAGAAUCAGGCUUAUUAUCACCAACAUAUGUCAUCAAAAUUUGUUGGGUUUGCAGCAGUACAGUCAUAAAAAUUACUGCAAGUUACUACAAUAAAUAAUGCAACAGAUGAAUAAUACUAUUCAUGGGCUGUUCAUCAGUGCAUUGAGAAACACAAUCUGGAAAAAAUACAUUUUGUUUUAUGUAUUUGUUCACAAAUUCUGCUUAGAGCAAAUUUUCACACCUCGGAUUUUGGGGUAGUGGUAUGUAACUUCUGAAGGGCAAAUUUUCAUUACCCAAAUUGUCAUCACAUAGGAGAUGCCUCUAUAAAUAUAUUGUCAGAGAGAACAGGUUUUUGGCAAAAUAACUGGAGGAAUGGGACUGAUGGCAAUGGUUUGAGAGCAAGCAUGGAUUUGAUAGCUUAAUAGCUGCCUCAGAUGUCAUAUCAAAAAUAAGCAAAUAGUGUUCUGGCAAUCACAAUAUAUAAGAUCAUCCAUUUGAUUUUUUUUAAGCUGGUGAAUGGGAAAAUGUAAUUGCUUAGAAUUGAUGGUUCUUGACCUUGGAAAAAGAAUAAAUUUGAUGUCUGGGCUUAUUUGUACAUUUUAUUUAUUAGCAUAAUAUAAACCAUCUUGUGAAAUGUAAACCACUAGAAGUAAGCAUCGGCUUUCCUGUUGUGCCAAACAUGUCCCUCCCUACCUUAGAAAUUACUAGGCUUACCCAAAUCCCUCUAUCUUUCUGAGCUCCAUGUACCUACCCAAAAAUCUCUUAAAAGACCCUAUUGUAUCCGUUUCACCACUGUUGUCGGCAGCCCAUUCCAUGCACUCACCACACUCUUGAGUAAAAAACUUACCCAACAUCUCCUCUGUACCUACUCCCCAGCACCUUAAACCUGUGUCCUCUUGUGGCAACCAUUUCAGCCCUGGAAAAAAGCCUCUGACUAUCCACAUGAUCAAUGCCUCUCAUCUUAUACACCUCUAUCAGCUCAUCUCUCAUCUCCGGUGCUCCAAGGAGAAAAGGCUGAGUUCACUCAACUUAUUCUCAUAAGGCAUGUUCCCCAAUCCAGACAACAUUCUUCUAAAUCUCCUCUGCACCCUUCCUGUAGUGAGGUGACCAGAACUGAGCACAGUACUCCAAGUGGGGUCUGACCAGGGUCCUAUAUAGCUGCAACAUCACCUCUCGGCUCCUAAUUUCAAUUCUUCGAUAGAUGGAGGCCAAUACACCGUACACCUUCUUAACCAGUUACUGUUGCUUUCCUGACAGCUUGAAUUAAAUUGGCCAUUCUCCUCUAACCUCUCUCAUUAACAAGGGUGUUUUUGCCCACAGAACAGCCAUUCACUGGAUUUUUUUUUGUUUCUCGCACCAUUCUCUGUACUCUAGAGUCGUGUAAAAA